AUAUUAAAGAAUAUAAUUAUGAUAAAAGAAUACUUUAUUAUAAAUAUAAAAUUGUCUCGUAUAUGUUUCCAGACGCCCUUUUUCUCUGUACACGGUUUUCAAGAAUUCGUCGUGGCCGAGCUUGUAUCAGCUGCCAACAAUUUCUCAAAUGAUCACAUCAUUCAUUGGUUCUGGAAGUUUUGUUGAUGUGUACAGAGGUGGGACCUAUAGAUACACGCAGCGUGAGUGACUUAAUCUCUAUUAAUUUAUAAUUAAUAAUUAAAGUGGAUUCUCCCUUCUCAUUGCCUUGGAACAUUCUCAACUGAGAAGCGUAGUGUCUCUGUAUAAAUAUCCAAAGGGAGUUCUUUCAAAGUACAUACUUUCACAUGGCUCGUUACAUGGGUGAUGCAACAAGUUUUUGGUCGGCUGUGGACAGUCCCAUAAGGAGUGAGACUGCCUCAAAUUUCGGAGCAUCCCCUCCCCAUAGUUUUGCUUCGGUGGUGGACUAUGCAUUGAGAAGUAGUUGUGCUUCUGAAGCAGAUUUUCGAACGUCACGUGUCUCCAGUUUUGCUUCGGGAGUGGACUAUGUGAUCAGGAGUAGUAGUAGUAGUACUGGAGGAACAGAUUUAGAAACCUUUCCUGUGCCUGGUUUUACUUCUGAGGUCCACUCCACCACUGUUGCUGAAGGGUCAUCACCAGUGUUGUCCAACGUCACAGAACAUGCUGUUAAAGGCUUACAAUUAUUCAGCCAGGCUGAGCUUGUAGCAGCGACCAACAAUUUCUCACUCAACAACAAGAUUGGUGCUGGAAGGCUUGGUGUUGUGUACAUAGGCAAACUCGUUGAUGGUCGUGAGGUUGCAAUCAAGAGGGUUGAAACCUGGCAAAAGAAAAAGACCUCAUCAAUUAAAUCUGCAUUGACCUUCUUGUCCCGUUUACACCACAAACACUUGGUUGGGUUGGUUGGAUUCUGUGAAGAGAAAUACGAGAGGCUGUUGGUGUAUGAGUACAUGAAGAAUGGUACCUUGUAUGAUCAUUUGCAUGAAAAUGGUAGCAAUGUGUUGAAUCGGUGGAAAAUGAGGAUCACUAUUGCUUUGGAUGCUUCCCGAGGAAUAGAAUAUCUUCAUAACUACGCAGUUCCACUAUUUAUUCACGGGGACGUCAAGUCUUCCAACAUUCUUCUUGAUGCCACUUGGAUGGCAAGAGUGUCUGAUUUUAAAUUCUCUUUGAUGAGUCCAGAAGCUGAGUGUGAUUACCGACGAAUAAAGUUAGGAGGAACAGUUGGAUACAUUGAUCCUGAGUACUAUGAUCUAAAUAUGUUGACAGCAAAGAGUGAUGUGUAUGGGCUGGGAGUUGUACUGCUAGAGCUUUUAACAGGAAAGAGAGCUAUAUUCCUUGAUGGGGAAGAUGGAGGUACCUUAAGUGUGCACCGUUUGGUGGACUUUGCAGUGCCUGCCAUUUUGGCUGGAGAAUUGGUCAACAUUUUGGAUCCUAGGGUCGGACCACCGGAUGUGAAUGAGAUAGAGGCAUUGGAGUUGGUGGCCAAAACAGCCCUCCAUUGUGUGAAUCGGAAAGGGAAAGAUAGACCAUCCAUGGCUGAUAUUGUGAUCUGUUUGGAGAGAGCAUUGGCCAUCUGUUACGGUAGAUCUUAUCGUAUUAUUAUGGGUGGAUGGCUUCUCAAAAAUAUAGUUUGGAAAUAUAAGGGAUAUGUUAGGGAUUUAUAAUUUUAUUUUAUAUGUGUAUUUUAUUUUAUUUUAUCCAACCUUUGCCCCGUCUAAACCAUAAUCACUUGGCUGGGCUAGUUGGGUUCUGUAAAAAGAAAGAUGAAAGGUUAUUGGUGUAUGAAAAGAUGAAGAAUGGGGCGUUAUUGAACAAGGUGAGCAGUGUAUUGAAUUAUUGGAGAAGGAGAA